AUGUCGCUGACACGCCAAGCCGAGAGGUCGCUCCUGGCGCCCGUCGUACGGCGUGCCACGUCCACAACGCCCAUGGCCAACCGCACAAUCGCCCUCCUCCGGACAUUCCAGACCUCGACGCGCGCGCAGCUGCCGGUGCCGGGGCCGGGCGGAUUCUCAACGGGCUCGGGCGUGGGGUCGGCGCCGCCGUCGUACUUUCAGCGACCUUCGCUGCCCGCCAACACAGUCAUCCGGUUCGUCCCGCAGCAGACGGCGUGGAUCGUCGAGCGCAUGGGCAAGUUCAAUAGGAUUCUGCCGCCCGGCUUGACCGUCCUCGUCCCCUUUAUCGACCGCAUCGCCUACGUCAAGAGCCUCAAGGAGCAGGCCUUUGAGAUCCCGAGCCAGAGCGCCAUUACCGCCGACAAUGUUACCCUCGAGCUGGACGGUGUGUUGUACACGAGGGUGUUUGAUGCGUAUAAAGCUAGCUACGGAGUGGAAGAUGCCGAAUACGCCAUUUCCCAGCUUGCACAGACGACAAUGCGUUCCGAGAUUGGUCAAUUAACGCUCGACCACGUCCUCAAGGAGCGGGCUGCCCUUAACACCAAUAUCACGGCGGCCAUCAACGAGGCGGCGCAAGCCUGGGGCGUCACCUGCUUGCGUUACGAGAUCCGCGACAUCCACGCACCCGCCGCCGUUGUCGAGGCCAUGCACCGCCAGGUGACGGCCGAGCGCAGCAAGCGUGCCGAGAUUCUGGACUCCGAGGGUCAGCGCCAGAGCGCCAUCAACAUUGCCGAGGGAAAGAAGCAGAGCGUUAUCCUGGCCUCCGAGGCCCUCAAGGCCGAGCAGAUCAACCGCGCCAGUGGUGAGGCCGAGGCCAUCCUCAUGAAGGCCAAGGCCUCAGCCGCCGGCAUCGAUGCCAUUGCUCGCUCGAUAGAGACUGGUGGCGGUGCUGCCCAGGGCGCCGUCAGCUUGUCGGUGGCCGAGAAGUACGUCGACGCCUUUGGCAAGCUGGCCCGCGAGAGCACUGCCAUCGUGGUGCCGGGCAACGUUGGCGAUCUUGGUGGAAUGAUUGCCACUGGCCUGAGCGUGUAUGGCAAGGUGGGCGAGGCCCAAUCGAAAACAAUGGCCGAGAAAAUGGUCAAGAGGCUCGAGGAUGGAAGCGAUUCCACCGCUGCAAAGGACGACAGCAUAGUGAGCGAAGUUGUCAAGGAGUUUGACAAUACGACUGGAAAAAGCUAG